CCUCGUCUCCUUGGCUUCUACCACACCCCUAACGCGUUGCUGAACCCUACGCCAUUCGUACCGAUGGUGCCCCAACCCCCAGAGCUCGCCGCCGUCGUCCAACGCGUGGCGAGGUACCGGUUCGGCAUCCACGAUGUAAUGCGGGUCAAGAACUGCCAGAACGGCAGCAUCUUCACCAUAAUGUACAACGCAGCAGGAGCCCACAUUUCUGUCAUAGUGCACAGUCCGCUGUGCCCUGGGCGAGAGAUGGCCUUCAUCCCACUCCCCCCUUUCCAGGCUGGCAAUCUCUUCGCCCUCGAAAAUCAAGUCCUCUCCAGAGAAGAUGAUGAAGGCUGCUUGUCCCACUUUUAUGUGUUCAUGAAGUUUGACAGGGUGACCACAGUAUUCACGGUGCACGUAUAUAAGCUGCAAGAUGGUGCCUGGUGCAAGCAUACCUCGGUCACGACAAAGCUCACUCGCCAUCCACGGUGGGAACUGAAAGCUGUGCUGGUCGACAAUAAAAUCUAUGUGGUGGCUGACCCGAGAGACAUUAUUGUCUUGGAUUUGAUGAACUCAGGUUUCUCCACAAUUCAGCUUCCACAAGGAGUGGAGCAUGGCUCUUCAGACAUUGUGUUGUCCCGGGUGAAUGAUGCUUCCGGUGUAUAUCUCAUCGAUACUAAGGAGCUACAACUUAACAUCUGGCUCCACAGGGGGGGCAACUGGUUGGUGUUGGAUACCAUUUCUCUGAGGAUGUUAGAUCACACGAUUGAGGACAAGCACAGUGGUCAUGUGAAGAUAUGCCUGGUGGGAGACAAUGCUGAAUUUGUGUUCUUGCAAAUGGGUGAUUGCACGUUCUAUGUAGAUAUCAAGGGCAGAGCACUGCGUAAAGUGCAUGAGAGGAGAGAUGGUCAUAGGUCGUCUGUUAAUUUUCAUCCUUUUAUGAUGAUCUGGCCUCCCACAUUUCCUACGCUCAAGGAUGAUCCUGCAAGGAAUGCCACGUGAAGAACAAGGAUAGGAGAAAGGUUUUGGAUGGUCAUUGACAGAGGCACCCAUCAAGGAAGAGCAGAUAGAUGCAAUAUUGCUAGCGACCAAUAUCUUUGUUUCAUGGUUGAGAAAAAGACCGGCAGUUGAGUAGCUAUGUCGUCUCAUAUGCUUGCAUCGCAGGUUUGUGGUUCCGAUGCUUGCCUGCUUGCUAAUUGUACCAUUGCGAUAUCGGUUUUAGUCAGUGAUGUGUAGGUACAGUUUGUUCAUCUAGGUUUGAGAUCACAGUUUGAGAUCACGGAUGUUGAUACGUACGGACUGCUGAAACUGAAACAUUGGCAACCUUUUGUAAGAUGAUUCAGUCACUCCAUUAAUACUUCUGUAACAGAACAGGGGUCGUUACCAGUCCAUUUGUGCGGUAGUGUCUUAUGUUGUAUCGUAACUGGCACAUAUACUGUUAGGUCUCACA